UCCACAAACACAUGCUGUGACCUGGCCACUUCUUCUCGCUACAGCAGAUAUGAAGACAAAAGCCACAGUUAUCUGGACAUGCAGCUUGCUGAUCUCUCUGAUUGUAGAGUCCUACCAUGCUCAGAAGCUCAGUAUUCACUGGGGUCCUCAGUCCAUGAUGUACUUGAAGGGCAAGUAUGGGAAAAGGUUUGUUUCGGAGGACGGAACCAGUGUGUUGAAGCAGAGUCUUCAGGGUUUCAGUGGACUGCUCCAAGGUAUCCAGAUGCUCCAGUCAUUGGAACUGAAAGAAAACCCAAAAAUUCUGAUUUUGGAGAAAAUUUUCAUCCAGAAUCUCGAGGAGAGAUGAGUCACUCUGCCUACUUCUGAGUGAAUAUCACCAACUUUACAUCCCAGCACUAAACCUUAUAAUAAAGAGGUUCUUCAUYAGCCUUCUUAAAUGAAAGCUUUGGGUUUGUCAGUAACCAGUUGUGUGAUUCCUGUUGUUUUUCAUGUAUCAGAUUUAAUUUUAUCUUGUUGUAAAAUGAAAAACUGUUAAUAAAAAUUAGAGAAUGGUAUUGAUAUUUUUUCCAUCUGCUUUAUUGUCUGCUGUGGUGAAGCAAUCUGUUUGGUUUGGCUAUGAAUGAAUAAUUAUUAUUAUAUAUAACAAUUAAAAUUAUUAUUGAAUUAUUAGUUGCAUAAUUAGUUUGCAAAUAUAUGAAACACACAUUUUCCAUUCUCACUUUUUUAUUUUUAUAUGCAAGAAGUAAGAAGGGUCAUGCCACGGGUUAUUCAUCUUUAAUUAAUGCCUUUACUACACAGAGGGGUAUUUGGAUGCAAGUGAUGGAACAUAAAAUUAUUUUUGAAAGAUGCAGACAUCUUCCUGUCUUCUAAAGUCCAGAAGGAGUUCAGCAGAUUAUAAAUCCAUCUUCAACCUUAAAAGGUCCAACCAGCUUAUSGUUCAUAACACCAGCCCUACUAGUACCCACCUCCACCUUGCUGGCAUCAGACUCAAGGUGGAACUCUGUGCAUCUUACUGAUCCACCACAGGACCAUCCACCUGGUCCACCCAGAGUCACUCAGUUCAUCAGUCCAGAAAACCUCUGAAGGAUCUGUCAGCAGGUGUCUCUUGGUUCAGUCCAGUGGGUCCCUGGUCUCAUCCUUCCUAACCUCGGCCAUGCCUCUUAGCAUGGCCGAGGUUAGGCCAUGCUAACCUCGGCCUAACCGAUGUACUGAUCUAGAAGUACAUCAGGUACUUCUAGAUCAGUGGUUCUUAACCUUUUUUGAGGUACCGAACCCACCAGUUUCAUAUGCGCAUUCACUGAACCCUUCUGUAGUGAUAAAUAAAAUAUGAUUUUUUUUCCCCCAAAUUCAAGACAUAAGGCUGACCCAACUAGAAUCUAGUUGGGUUCAAAUCCAUGCUGAGAGUGGAGCUCCUUCAAUCAGGGCUCCUCCGCAGCACUGAUUGGCUAAGCAAUGUAAC